GCUUGUCAUUGUCAGUGUUAGGUUUCUUUGUUUACGUGCAACUAAUAAACGAUGACUUAAACCAAAACCGUACAUUGACACCCAUCGAUUUUUUUAUUAUUUAAAUUUGAAAAUUGAAAAUUCGUACAUGUUUAUGGUGAGUGGAUCAAUAUCAAGGCAAAAUUCUUCGGAAGUGUUGAGUCAACCAUGACAGUGAGUUACACCAGCGAAGAGUGGUGUUUAUCAAACGUAAUUUGGUGCACGACAGUGUUGGACGAAGUUUUACCGGAAAAAUUCGAAGCCUGGAAAAUUUUUAAACGCCCCAUAUUGUGACCAAGGAGUGUAAAAUGCGAAAAAAGCUCUUAGUCUGGAUUAUAACAUUAUCGACAUGUCUCCGCACGACUUUGGGGCUCUACAAAAUUGGGGUCGGAAUAGCCGACUGUACGGGACCGGCAGCUGAAGUCACAUUUAUGGGUUAUGGAAAAUCGAAUCAGAAGGGUUGCGGGAUACAUUUGCGUCAAUUUUCUCGCGCCUUUGUCAUCGAUGAUGGGUCUCAGAGGGCUGCUUUCGUUAGCGUGGACGCUGGAAUGAUGGCCUAUGGGGUCCGCAAGGCUGUCAUUUCUCGCCUCGGCAAGCAAUACAAAGACGUCUACACUGAGAGUAACCUAAUUUUGAGCGGGACACACACUCACAGCGCUCCCGGAGGAUUUCUGAUGGAUUUUAUGUAUGAUAUUCCAAGUUUGGGAUUUGUGAAAGAAACGUUUGACGCUCUUGUUGAUGGAAUCACGAGGUCUGUUGUCAGGGCGCAUGAGAAUAUGGUAGAUGGGAAGAUAUUUAUCACGACAGGGGAGUUGAUUGGAGCGAAUAUUAAUAGAAGUCCAAUGUCCUAUUUGCUGAAUCCUAAGGAGGAACGUGAAAAAUACAAAUACAAUGUGGACAAAGAAAUGGUGCAGCUGAAGCUCGUCAACUCCGCCAACUCGCUCAUCGGCGUCAUCAGCUGGUUUCCCGUCCAUCCCACGUCCAUGAACAACACAAACUGCCUAAUCACCUCCGAUAAUGUGGGCUACGCGUCCGUCCUGCUCGAAAAAUCUCUGAAUAAAAAUUCGCUCGUUGGCCAAGGACGGAUUGUGGCGGCUUUCGCGUCCACCAAUUUAGGGGACGUUUCACCGAACACCAAAGGGCCGAGGUGUGUGACGACGGGGGAGGAAUGCGAUGUUGUGUCGAGUACGUGCGACGGACAAGCAAAGUUUUGUGUGGCGGCAGGACCGGGCGAGGAUAUGUUUGAGAGUACGAAAAUAAUCGCAGAGAAACUUUUUGAAAAAUCGAAGAUUCUUUUACAAUCCUCUGAGGCGAAAGAGGUGACCGGUCCUGUCAGACACAUUCACCAAUACGUGGACAUGCCGUCUCAAAACGUGACCAUCACACUACCCAACGGUACCAUAACCCAUGUAAGACCUUCGCCCAUCAUGGUCGAAAAAAACUCUAAACUCGGGUCACUUUGCCAGGUCACUGGGUGCCUCCCAGCGAUGGGUUACAGCUUCGCUGCUGGUACCACCGACGGAGUGGGCGAGUUUGGCUUUGCCCAAGGCACCAGAUCGACAAACUCCCAUUGGGACACUCUGCGAGACUUGCUGUUCAAGCCGACGGAAGAAGACAUCAGGUGCCAGCAUCCUAAACCAAUUUUAAUCAACGCCGGAAGGAUUUCCAUCCCUUAUCAGUGGCAACCGCGGAUUGUUUCCACGCAAAUCGUCCAAGUGGGUGAAGUGCUUCUAAUUGCCGUUCCCGGCGAAUUCACCACAAUGUCUGGCAGACGUCUCCGAAAUGGCGUGCAGGAAACCGCCGUCAGAAGCGGGGCUUCCCCUGGCACAAAGGCGAUCAUUACGGGCCUGAGUAACGUCUACACGAGCUACAUAACAACGCCGGAGGAAUACCAAAUGCAGCGAUAUGAGGGAGCUUCCACUAUUUACGGGCCUCACACGCUUACCAUUUACAUCGAAAAAUACAAACAGCUGACUAAAGCUCUCCUCAAAGGAGAAAAGCUCGACUCCGGGCCUUUACCUGCCGACCUUUCCCAGCGAGUUAUUUCACUACAACCCAGGGUUAUGUUCGAUACUCCAGGUCUGAUGCAUCAUUUCGGCGAUUGUUUACUCCAGCCCCCGAAAAGCGCAAGAGUGGGAAGCAAAGUUCGAGCGAAAUUCGUAUCUGGCCACCCUCGUAAUAACCUAAUGACCGAGAAAACUUUCCUCACUGUUGAAAAAUUAGCAGACAAUGGCAAGUGGAUCGUCCUUGCCACCGACGCGGAUUGGGAAACAAAGUUUACUUGGACGAGAACUUCAACGCUGAUUGGUGGAAGUGAGGCAACAAUUGAGUGGGAAAUUCCUUCCGACGCAACACCGGGACUUUACCGAAUACACCACUUUGGACACUUCCAACAUAUUUUUGGCGGGGUUCACCCAUACAGCGGUGCAACUGAUACUUUCCAAGUCACUAAGUGAUUGUAAGACUGACAAGUACUCUAGUUAAAAUGUAUUAUAUUUCUUGCCAUUGUAGAUCAAUAAAGUUGUUAUAAGAA